AUGCAAAGUUCAACAGUGAAAAGCUACAGAAAAAUCGAUGAUUUGGAGCGAGAAAUAAUAAUUGGUUUGACGCAAAAAUUUGGAAACUCAGCAACAGCAAUGACCAAUUAUAUUCGGGCGUCGGGUACUACAUACGGUGAACUCAGUAGUUAUUAUCAAUCAUUAAAGUUUCCUUCAGCUCGAAAACGAAUUUAUGAUAUCCUAACGAAUGCUGCUAAAAGUGUUGCCACUCAACGGGUGCUUGACCCUCUUCGUUUACAACCACAGGAGACCGAUAAAUUUGAUUAUGUGACCACAAACGAUGGGAUUGAAGAAACUGAUGUUGAUCGAGUUACCUUUAUUCAACAAAUGCUUGCUGGUUUUACAGCACAACAACAAACACAAUCAUCGAUCUCAGUUGAACCGUUCAACCAUAGUCAACAAAAUUCCCCGAUGGCUCAACCUACUUCAUCACCGAUCAUUUCAACUGCAACUGUUAACACAAACGAUACAUUACCUCAACAAAGUUCGCCAGCUGACAGUCCACUUGUAUCUGGUUCAAAUUUAAUUGAUUCAUCAGAAAAUUCUAUGAUUGUUUUUUGUGAUCAAGACAGUUCUCGUGCACCAACCGUCGGAGAAAACAAACUUACUCCACCAGUACUGGUUGAUCCUCUACAAUCGGUUGCUUCACUACCGGCUGUACAGUCGGGACCAAAUUCGUCUUCAUCCGCUGCCUCAUCAUUACCGUCGCGAUCUACUGAUCUUCUGCACAAAUUACCACCUCAGUUACAAAAUGUGAACUCAUUAUGGACGUUAUUUACAUCUUUUGUAUCAAAUAUCGCUGACAAUCCAAGUUCGUUACAAGCAGUCUUGCCAUCAGAUGUCAUCGACAGCUUAGUACCCUCAAGCUCAACUGUUCAACCAUCCAAACAUUUAUUUUGUUAUCCUCCUAAGCAUCACACACUACACUCUACAUUUAGUUUAAGCAAUGAAGAAUUAGAGCCUAUUUAUGAUGUUCCUGCUUCAAAACGCUUUUGUGCUCAUCCACACCAAACAACAACCACGCCUCCUUCUAAUCAAAGAAAACCUCCACUCCAACUCGCUUCAGCUUCAAAGUUAUCGACAAAGAAAAAAAUUUCAGUGAAAGGCCCGGUCCAUUUUUCAACAAACAAUGUUCUUGAAGACGAUGAUGAUGAGCGAACAUCAUCACAAGUAUCAAUCACAACACCAAAUCAACGAAAACGUCCACUUAGUACGUACGACGUGAGUGAGAGAGGUGACGAUUGUACUGAAGAAGACAGUAUUUUGAUUAAAAAACGAGUGCCACUUGUGACACGAACAACAAAUACAAUAACAAAUAUUGACAAACUGGUUGCCAAAUUAGACAAAUGUGCUGAUCGUUUUCUUGACGAAAACAUUUGA